AUGCCUCCUCACGAACUCUUGCUGAGACACUUGCUCGUUUCUCGCGAAGAGUACGGCGACUUUGGCGGCGUCAACUGCGUAGGCGUCAAGCGCAUCCUGGUAGGCCUCGUUGCCGUCUCAGCUCUCUCCAUCAUUGCGAUUCUCUUCGCAGUGAUCUUCCGCAUCCGCCUCAGUCGCGACCGCGCAAGCUUCCGUGCCCUCGCCACCGAGCAAGACAAACUCGAACAAGUCCACAAGACCCUGAAGAACCAGCACGAAUUCAUCCGCCAGGACUGUCGCAACUUGCAGGUGACGCUGGAUUUUUACAUCAAGGAGUACGGCAGGCACCCUCUCCACAACCGGUAUAGGUUCGAGCCGUCCAAUGUGCAGGGUUCGGAUGCACCGGCGGUCGCAGCGCCUUCGCGGGACUGGCAGUCGCUGGAGGAUGACGAUGUCUUUGUGGUUGUAAGCCCUUCUGAGGAGAGCCUGAGAGACGUGGAGGAAUUUAGAGGUGAGGAGAGAGAUAUAGCUGAGGGCGGCCGUGGUGAACGGUUUAGCGAGAUCCAGAAGAAGACAAAGACGCCGAGAUUCGCAUCUAUUGUAGCAGGCCUGCAAGAUGUCCCGCUGACGCCUCCUAUAGAGGAAAAGAGAUCCUAA